AUGAGACGCGUUGGAUAUUGGAUUAGUGAGAAAAAGAAGAAAAAGUUGGAUUUUGAGAGCCACCGUGAGCUGUUCAGAAAUGCUGGGAUCGAUUUAGUGGAAAUUGAUCUCAGCCGGUCGGUGGAGAGCCAGGGACCGUUUGAUCUUAUGGUUCACAAGGUCACCGAUCUCUUCGCCCUGGCCGUCGAUGGUGAUGCCUCUGCCGAAAACGCAAUUAAGAAUUUUGAG